CCCACCUGACGCACGAGUGUGGGAGCAGCUUGGUUUUUUCAAUCAUUGGUGCUUACGUAGAGUUGUUUUUGGAGGUUCAACGGAUGAGGACGGAUCAUCGAUGCCUCGAACUAGGGGGGGAGCACAUCAACACGCUGCAGGUCGGUUAGAUGGGGUAACUCUGGCGCGGC